GAGGUAGAGGACUGAAAAAGAGGGAGAGGUUAAGGACUGAGAAUAGAGGGAGAGGUAGAGGACUGAAAAAGAGGGAGAGGUUAAGGACUGAGAAUAGAGGGAGAGGUAGAGGACUGAAAAAGAGGGAGAGGUUAAGGACUGAGAAUAGAGGGAGAGGUAGAGGACUGAAAAAGAGGGAGAGGUUAAGGACUGAGAAUAGAGGGAGAGGUAGAGGACUGAAAAAGAGGGAGAGGUAAAGGACUAAGAAUAGAGGGAGAGAGAGGCUGAAGAUGCUGUGGUUUCUACGUGGAGUGAGGCUGCGCUGCUGGCUCACCCUGGCCACAGGACUGGUGGAGUGCCUGUUUUUCACUGGGGUCAUUUAUGGGUGGGCCUCCCUGGUGUUUAUCCUGAAAGCCAGUGGAUACUUCAGUGACCAGUGUGUGAAUGCCACAGGACCCAAUGGCACACAGUACAUGGACUGUAGCAAACAGAACGAGCUCUUUUCCCUGGUUUUCACCAUCACCGUCAUCUUACAGAACUUCCUCAGUUUUCUCAAUGGAUUCUUCUUUGACCGCUUCGGUACCAUGGCAUCCAGACUGCUGGCAAUAAUACUGUACACCACUGGUACCUUGUUGAUUGCUUUUUCACAUCCAGAGAUAUCCAAUAUACUGUUUCCAGGUCUGGCCUGCAUUGCGAUUGGAAACAGCAUGUUAUUGCUCACAAAUAUGCAGGUGGGGAACCUCUUUGACACCCAUCGUUCCACCAUCAUCACCUUGUAUAUCGGAGCCUUCAGCUCCUCUGCCAUCACCUUCCUCAUCAUCAAGGUGGCAUCUGAAAGAGGGAUCUCUCUGCACUACUCUUUUUUCUUCUUGUCGGCAUGCAGCAUAAUCCACCUCAUGAGAACCUUCAUCCUCAUGCCAAAGAGGCACAUCCCCUACCCCCUCCCUGAGGGCUACACUUAUGGGAUGAACUGUGGUCAGAUCAAGUGCAACCGCUGUUGUCUCACAAAAAAAGCACAGAGAGACAACACAGAGCCUGUGCAGGGAGAAGAAGGGAUAGAGAACGCAACAUCUGAACAAGGGAGCCCCCAGCAGACCCCACAGACAGAUAUUUGUAGGUUUUGUCCUCAUGGGAUGUUAAUUCACUUGAAAAUCUGUAUCUGCCCCUCUGUCCUUCUCGAUCUCUCUCUUCACCCUCUCCCUGUAGACAGUUUUAAGCAGUGUGUGCUCAGCUGGUUGUUUCUGUGGCACCUGGUGUGGCUGUCAGUCAUGGCUCUGCGGCAGAUCCUGUUCAUUGGCACCCUGAACCCCAUGCUGACCCUGCUGACUCACGGAGACACAGCCCAAGUGAGCCACUACACCAACGUCUUCGCCUACACACAGUUAUGUGGGAUACUGUGCGCCCCCUUGAAUGGCCUGAUCAUUGACAGAUACAAGGCCAAGCUACAGGCUGAAGGAGAGACGGAAGAGGAGAGUAACCUGGGCUCUGUGGUGCCCUCCCUCUUCCUCAUUGCCCUGCAGUGCCUCUUAUUCUCCAUCUGCACCACCAUACCUGUGCUCCCGCUGCAGUACCUGACUUUUGUCCUGCAAGUGGUCAACCGUGCCUUCUCGACUGGAGGGAAUGCAGCCUUCAUCAGCAUUGCCUUUCCAGUCUGCCACUUAGGGAAGCUGUUUGGUCUGUUAUUUGUUCUGUCGACCCUGGUGUUGCUCCUGCAAUUCCCCUGCAUCAUCCUGGUGAAUGAGGUGUUGGAUGGAGACCCCUUAUAUAUAAACAUAGCCCUGUGCAUCCUGUGCCUGGCGCCAUUCAUUCACCCGGCCUAUGUCUAUAUCUGCUGGCGCAGAUUGGCCAAUCAGAGAAGACGCUCCGCCCAGCCACCUCCCAACGAUGAGAACACCUUCUCUGGAGACAAUGAAGACAAACCCCAGGAUGCCUUGCACCUUAUUUCCUUUUAG